UUUGUAGAAACAGAUAGAAAAAGAAACAGAUCCAAAAACAUCAGUAAAGCCAAAAGGAAAUGGCAGAUUCAUCAGCUGUUGAUCACCAAUACGAUCGAAUUGAAAUGCUCAAAGCUUUCGACGAAACGAAAGCCGGCGCCAAAGGCCUCAACGAUUCAGGUCUGUUCAAACUCCCAGAAAUCUUUGAAAGUAAAGCAAACAAUUCCUCAGAAGCCAACCACCAAAAUGAAAGAUCUGAAAUGCUGAAAGCCUUCGACGAAACAAAAUCCGGUGUGAAAGGCCUAGUAGACUCGGGAUUAUCGAAAAUACCUCAAAUAUUCGUACGAUCAUCAGGCGAGCUUGCUCAAGAGCUAACGCACAACAAAACUGCUGAAGCCGAAGUUCCUCUCAUCGAUCUAACUGGCAUAUAUAAUCCCGAGAGGCGAGAUCGGAUCGUGGAAGAAGUGAGAAUCGCCUCAGAAACAUGGGGGUUUUUCCAGGUGACGAAUCACGGGAUUCCUCAAAUAAUAAUCGACGAAAUGAUCGACGGCGUCAACAAGUUCAACGACAUGGCCGCCGAGGAGAAGAGGAAGUAUUACACGCGCGAUCCAAAAAGAAGAGUGAGAUUCAGCACCAAUUAUGAUCUCUUCAAUUCAAAAACUGCUAAUUGGAGGGAUACCUUAGGCAUUUCAUUCGUCGAGGAAAUUCCCAGCGAUGAACUGCCAGCUCCUUGCAGAGAAAGUGCGUUGAAUUACUCGAAGCACGUUGUGAUUUUGGGGGGAAUUCUGCUGGAGCUGGUCUCGGAGGCUUUGGGGCUGAAACCGGAUUAUCUGAAAAGCAUGAAAUGCGCGAAUGGGCAUUUGAUGAGCUGUCACUAUUAUCCGGCGUGCCCUGAGCCGGAAUUGGCCGUCGGAACUCCAAAGCAUUCUGAUAUCGGAUUCAUCACAAUUCUUGCGCAGAACCAAAUCGAUGGCCUGCAAGUUAUGUAUCAAGAUCAAUGGAUCGACGUUCAUCCCCUUCGCGGAGGUUUGAUUGUAAACGUUGGCGAUCUCUUGCAGGUGGUGUCAAAUGGGAAAUUCGUAAGCGGUAAGCAUAGAGUGGUGGCUAAUAGUAUUGGACCUCGAAUUUCUGUGGCAUGUUUUUUCUCGGGCCCACUUCUUAAUGGUGAAGGUAUGUGUUAUGGUCCCAUUGAAGAGCUUCUAUCAGAAGAAAAUCCUCCCAAAUAUAGAGAGAUCGUCUUUGGUGAAUACGUGCUUAAGUUUACUAAGACUGGGCUGGAUCAAUAUCUUGGUCUUGAUUAUUACAAGCUCUGACUAUUUAAAGCUUUAAUCAAUGUAAUCUUUACAAAUGCGUAUGUGGAUUUAUGUUUUGUUUCCAGUCCUAAUAUAGUUUCAAUUAUGUAUAUUUACAUAAAUAAUUAAUGAUCAUUAUAAGUUGUGUAUUGGUGUGGUA